AUGACUGAGAUGAUGUCGACGGUGCGGUCAACGCUACUUGGGCUCCUCCUGUGUCUGCAACUUGGUAGUGCUCCGGCCCGCACUGCCCCCGGCGCCGACCAGGUGUCCGAAGCCAACAUCCAGCGGCUCUUGCACGGCGUCAUGGAGCAGCUGGGCAUCGCUCGGCCCAGGGUGGAGUAUCCCGCCCACCAGGCCACAAAUAUCGUCGGGCCCCAAAGUAUCCAGGGUGGUGCUCAUGAGGGGCUGCAGCACCUUGGUCCCUAUGGGAACAUUCCCAACAUUGUGGCUGAGCUGGCAGGUGACAACCUUCCCAAAGACUUCAGCGAUGAUCACAGCUACCCGGAUCCUCCUAACCCUUGUCCUCUCGGAAAGACUGCAGAGGACGGUUGUUUGGAAAACGCUCCUGACACUGCCGACUUCAGCCGGGAGUUCCAAAAGCACAGACAUCUUUAUGGUUCAGGGAAUGAGUACCCUGCUCUAAUGAAAUGGAACAAGGAACGUUUGUACCAAAAGCUGAAGGGAGGACCAAAGAGAAGAAAAAGGAGUGUCAACCCCUACCUAAUGGGCCAGAGGCUGGACAACGUGGUCGCAAAGAAAUCAGUUCCAAAUUUCUAUGAGGAAGAGGGACCAACUAUCUCUUCCACCAUUAAAGCAACAAAUUAA